CAUCAGGUCUCCUCUCCUUUGGCCAAGUCCCUUUGGCCUUUAAGUAGUCCGUACUCCCUUGAUCCCUGUUCUGGUUUUCCUUCCUUCCUGGCUAACUCUCUUGCGCCAUGUCUAGUCGUGUAGCCAAACCGAAAUCUGGUCGCUCGUCGACAGAGCGUCGUUCUGCCCUUCUUUCUUCUUUGCUUUUGUCGACGGUGGAGAUGGCUGCUUGUUCUGCUUGUGAGUCGAGGGGAAUACCCAAAUGUGCGGUUUCUCCUCAAGAUUCCUCUCGGUGUGUCGAGUGUUUGCGGUCGAACCGUUCGGGGUGCGAUGUCCUUGGAAUUUCGCCUGCUCAGCUUCGCAAGAUUGGCCAACAGCAUGCCAAGCUGGAGGAGGAGCUAGAGGCUGCGGAGGAGGCUCGUCGCCGGGCGGACGAGAAAGUUCGUUUGGCCGAUGCGAAGGUCGAGCGUCUUCGCAAACAAAAGAAGAUGUGGUUUGAAAAAAUGAUGCGAGCUGUGUCUCGCGGAAUUGAUGACUUGGAGGAAUUGGAUCGGGUGGAGCGUGAGGAGGCGGAACAGGAGGAGCGUCGACGAUCAGCCGAGGUCCUGCCUGAAGUGUCCUUGGAGUCGCUUCUUCCGGAUUCCAAUUUUGUCUGGGAUUCGACUUUCCCGAUGGGUCCUCUGAAUCCUUCGUUGUUGGAUGAGAUGAAUGUUCUUGCGCAACAUUCCGUUGGUUCGUCUGGUGGUAUGGUUUCGAGUCCUGGUCGGCCCUUAACUUCUGGGAAUGAUCCAACUCCUGAUAGUACUGGCGGAGCGGUUCCUGGCAAUCCUGGAGGUGGUUAAGGGGUUCCCAAGUGUUUUCUUCAUGCCCAUAGUUUUCCCAUUUAACAAGGUACUUUGUUUUGCCGUGGUUUCGUCUGUGGUCGAGUAUUCGUUCAACGUCGUAGGUCUGUUCUGCGUCGAUCUCGAUCGUUUCUUGUGUGCUGGUGCC